GUCAGCCGUGUAUUCCGCUCAGCGCUUCCUCGUUACCCCCGCAACCUUUACUUGAGACCUACUCAUCAUCCUCUACAACUCCCCCGCCUUGGUCUUGCCCAACCUAUUCACCAUUCUCUGCACCUCUCCCGUCUUGGUGUUGUUCAACCUAUUCGUACUGAGGUAGGCCUGCGUGCCAACUUUCUUCGUGUAUCUAUAGACAAAUACUGACACCAUAGUUGAAUAGUCAUAUACAACCAAUGGAAGCACUUCCGGAGGAGAAGAUCUGGAGACUCGAUUUGUAGGGUUGGAAAGGGAAUCGAAGACCCCAUUGAAGGAUGAGUCUACAAGAACUUGGGGAAAAGAGUUUCGAGAGGUGGGAGCAGAAGUGGGAGGAGAAAUUGGAGAAGAGAUUCGAGAAAUUGGAGGUGAAGUGGGAGAGGGUUAUGCGGGAUUCAGACAGGAGGCUGGAGAACGGACUUGCACAGAUGAACAAUAAAUUCAGUAUUAUCAAUGGAUGGUUAAGAUUUAUCGUGGCAACAAUCACUGUCGGGGUAUGUUAUCAGUGGAUUUUUAUUACGUGACUUUAGGCUAACAAAUGGGCUAGUUUAUGGGGUUACUCUUAUUCUAUGACCGCUAUUCCGAGGAAAGGCUAUUGAGAAUGCUGUAUGACCAUGAGGCAAGGUUGAAGACAAUAGUUGAAAAUGCCCAGGUCAAGGCGGAGCUAAAAGCUAAGCAUCAGGAAGGGUCGCUUUCUGAUAAGAAUAAGAAGAAAUGACGGGUCCAGAGAAGUCUAGGUUAAUGCUCUUUGUUUAUUGGAUAGUGGUAUGCUUGGUGUGCAUAAUGGAUGUACUCCUAGGGUGGUCAGCAAUGCUGUCUUAAGCUAGAUAUGCAAAUAGUACUGUCCCGCUCACAGAUAUAAUACCAAAUUUGAUGUAAGCGCAUGUGGGUGAAAGGUUUUGUGCCUCUCCCGCAAGUGUCUAAGACACGGGUCAACACCG